CCGACCUCACACGCACACAGCCUCCUCGCAUCAGUUGAAAGAAACCUGACUGCGCGACGGAUGCAGUGCACGAAGCUCCUGGUGUUCCACAUCGUUCAUUUGAAUCAGUUAUUUUUUCCGUGUAGGGUGUUUCCCGACACUAUUCGGUUUUGUAAAUGUUUUCUUAAGUAUGAAUACUCAUGGAUCUAUUGCGCAAAAAUAUUCCUCUUAUUUCUCCGCUAUCCCGAUGGCAGAAGCGGGGACAAAGCCGAGGAGCGUACCGGGGAUACUGCUUUAGUGGAAACCAGACCCGUUGUCUGUGAUUGGAAAAAUCGCACGGCUGCUACUUUUCUUUGCGAUUGACGGCAGUCCUUAAACACAGCCGUCAAUAAGGUAUAUGACUUGGCUCUGACUGCCGGCGUCUAAAUGAAGUGGCCCAGCCAUGCAAUGUUCCUGGAAGGCAGUGAUCCUGCUGGCCUUGGCCUCCAUCGCCAUCCAGUACACCGCCAUCCGGACUCUCACCUCCAAGCCCUUCCAGCUCUGCCCCGUGCCAAGCCCCCAGAACUGUGGCCUCCUGGGAGGCCCCGAGACAGAGUCCCCCAUAGAGGGGCGGGCCGGCUGCGACGACUACCCCUACUUCAGCUUCAACGCCUCCCGUAAGACCCACAUCAUGGUGCUGGCUACAACACGCAGCGGCUCCUCCUUCGUGGGCCAGCUGCUCAACCAGCAUGCUGACAUCUUCUACCUAUUCGAGCCCCUCUACCAUGUCCAGACCACUCUGAUCCCUCGGCUAUCUCACAGCCGCAACGCAGCCGACCGCAGGGUGAUGCUGGGUGCCAGUCGCGAUCUCCUGCGGAGCCUCUACGGCUGUGACCUCUACUUCCUAGAGAGUUACAUUAAGCCGGCGCCGGCCAACCACACCACGGACAAGCUGUUCCGUAGAGGGGCCAGCCGGGCGCUAUGCUCGCUUCCCGUGUGUGAUGCCUUUGGACCCACCGACGCCAAUGUAGAGGAGGGUGACUGCGUCAAGAAGUGUGCCUCCCUCAACAUGACACUGGCGGCUGAUGCCUGCCGCGUGAAGCGGCAUGUGGCCAUCAAGGUUGUGCGUGUGCCGGAGAUCGGGGACCUGCGGGCGCUGGUGGAGGAUCCACGGCUGAACAUCAAGGUUAUCCAGUUGGUGCGCGACCCUCGCGGGAUCCUGUCGUCGCGGAUCGAGACUUUCCGGGACACCUACCGUCUGUGGAGGAUCUGGAGGGCCACAGGGCGGAGGCCCUACAACCUGGACCUCAGCCAGCUGACAGUGGUUUGUGAGGACUUCCUCGGCUCUGUGUCCACAGGACUCAGCCACCCCCACUGGCUCAAAGGGAAGUAUAUGCUGGUGCGUUACGAGGAUCUGUCCAGGAACCCUCUGCUGAAGACCAUGGAGAUAUAUGACUUCCUGGGUCUGCCGAUGGACAAGAGCGUGGAGGAGUGGAUACAGACCAACACUAGGGGCAGCACCGAGCUGUCGGCUAAACACAAGUACGGUACAGUGAGGGACUCAGCGGCCAACGCAGAGAGCUGGCGCUUGAAACUGUCCUACGACAUGGUGGAGUACACGCAGGCCACGUGUCACAAGGUUCUACAUCAGCUGGGCUAUAAGGCAGUAAAGUCAGCUGAGGAACUGAAAAACAUGUCGCUCUCACUUGUGCAGGACAAAACUUUUGUACCUUUUUCCUAACAAAGAUAGUUCCCGGAUGACUAUUGUUUCUGAUAUAUUUAUAAAUGUUGCCUUAUAAUUUU